GGCGACGCCGGGCGUUCCGAGAGGCACCUCCCCUCCCCGGGCUGUCCUGGUUCUCCUGACCCUCUCCCUCCUCCUCCUCCUCCCUGCCUCCGCGAGCAGCUACAAGCAGGGGGACCCUGUGACGCUGUACGUGAACAAAGUGGGGCCCUAUCACAACCCCCAGGAGACCUACCACUACUACACCCUUCCGGUGUGCCGGCCCAGGGAGGUUCGACACAAGAGCCUGAGCCUGGGGGAGGUGCUGGACGGGGACCGCAUGGCUGAGAGUCUGUACGAGGUCCACUUCCGAGAGAACGUGGAGAGGAGGGUGCUGUGUGAGCUCAAGCUCACAGAGAAGGAGGUUGACACUCUAAAGGAGGCCAUUGAGGAGCUCUACUAUUUCGAGUUCGUUCUGGACGAGAUCCCGAUCUGGGGCUUCGUGGGUUACAUGGAGGAGAGCGGCUUCCUACCACACAGCCACAAGAUCGGUCUGUGGACCCACCUGGACUUCAACAUCGAAUACAAUGGAGAUCACGUGAUCUUCGCCAACGUGAGCGUGAAGGACGUGAAACCGCAGCAGCUGGACGGCGCAGGGGGGGCUCUGUCGGUGACGCACAGCUACAGCGUGCGCUGGUACGAGAGCGCCCUGCCCGCGGAGCGGCGGGCAGAGAGGCUCCGAGACUUCAGCUUCUUCCCCAAGACCCUGGAGAUCCACUGGCUAUCCAUCAUCAACUCCCUGGUGCUCGUGGUGCUUCUGCUGGGCUUCGUGAUCAUCAUCCUCAUGAGGGUGCUGAAGAACGACUUCGCCAGGUACAAUAUUGAGGAGGAUGGCCACGAUGAUCUGGAUCAGGGGGACAAUGGCUGGAAGAUCAUCCACACGGACGUGUUCCGCUUCCCCCCCUACAAGAGCCUGCUCUGCUCCGUCCUCGGGGUGGGGACGCAGUUCCUGACUCUGGGGACAGGUAUCAUCGUCAUGGCGCUGCUGGGAAUGUUCAAUGUGCAUCGCCAUGGCGCCAUCAACUCGGCGGCCAUCCUGCUGUACGCUCUGACCUGCUGCGUGUCCGGCUUCGUGUCCAGCAGCUUCUACCGCAAGAUCGGCGGGGAGCGUUGGGCCUGGAACAUCGUGCUCACCACCUCGCUCUUCUCAGCUCCCUUCUUCCUCACCUGGAGUGUUGUCAACACGGUUCAUUGGCUGAGUGGUUCCACUCAGGCCCUCCCAGUCUCCACUGUGCUGCUCCUAUUGGCUGUCUGGGUGCUGGUGGGAUUCCCCCUCACUGUGAUUGGAGGGAUCUUUGGGAAGAACAGCGCGGGGGCGUUCGACGCCCCCUGCAGGACGAGGAACAUCGCGCGGCAGAUCCCGCCCCAGCCCUGGUACAAACACCUCGUGGUGCACAUGACUAUCGGGGGCUUCCUGCCCUUCAGCGCUAUCUCCGUGGAGCUGUACUAUAUUUUCGCCACGGUGUGGGGCCGGGAGCAGUACACUCUGUACGGGAUCCUGCUCGUGGUGUUCGCUAUCCUCCUCAGUGUGGGCGCCUGCAUCUCUGUGGCGCUCACCUACUUCCAGCUGUCUGGAGAGGACCACAGCUGGUGGUGGCGGUCUGUCCUGACCACGGGAUCCACGGGAGGGUUCAUCUUCCUCUACUCCGUGUUCUACUACUGCCGGCGCUCCAACAUGUCCGGGGCGGUGCAGAGUGUGGAGUUUUUCGGAUACUCACUGCUCACUGGCUUCGUAUUCGCCCUCAUGCUGGGCACGGUGUCCUUCGCAGCUUCGCUGUCCUUCAUUCGGUACAUCUACAAGAACCUCAAGAUGGAUUAGAGAGGAGGAGGGAGGGGAGGGGAGGGGAGAUACUUCUACAAGAACCUCAAGAUGGAUUAGAGAGAGGAGGAGAGGGAGAGGGAGGGGGAGUUACAU